AUGGCUGCCACUCGCUGAGCUGUCAAGCUCUCCACAAAAGAAAAAGAAACCUGACAGAGUCAUGGAUUCGGUGGAUAUUGGCGGCGCCGCUACCUCCAGAGGAAGAAACAAUAAUAAUAAUAAUAAUAAUAAGCUGCGUGUCAACAAGAAGAGCAGAGUGUGGCACAAACGGCUCCACCUCAGGAAGACCGCCGUUCAGCCUCUAACUAUGCAAAGUGAAGAUAAGCGAGGACCAAAGAAGAUAGCAGGCGCCUGGGAGCAGAGCUCAGUGUGGCCUUCAUCACAGAAGGAAGCUCCGCAGGCUGGAAACUCUCUCAGGUUCUCAUGCUCUCAAUGCCGGGACGACGUGGAAUACGUUCCCAAAGACUUGGUGAAACACUUUGAGGAGAAGCACCGAGGAAGCCCGCCACUGUUUACCUGUCAUACGUGUUCCUUCAGUGCACACGAGUUCUCCUCCCUGCAGGUUCAUCUAUUAAGCCACAAGGACACUUUUUCUAGCUGCAGCAUCUGUGAUGACGGCGUUCAGCGCACGUGGCCUGAAUUCAGCGCACACCUGACUAUGCACCACCGCAAAAACGACAAAUAUUCAUGUGAAACGUGUCAGAAGUUCUCCACAGGUGACGUUGGAGUGUUUUUGGAGCAUGUUUAUGCUCAUAACUUGGGCCUGGAGGAGGAUAAAGGGCUCUCGCUGCACACAAAGGGCAAGAAUAAGUUCGGCAACCAAGCAAAAGCAACCAAUCAGAAUCUCCGUUGUCAGCACUGUGGCUUUGAGGCGUCUCAGAAAUGGUUGAUUACUAAGCACAUUAAAGAGGCCCAUGUUUGCCAGAAUGGUAAUCAGAGGAAGAGGAAGAAUAAUAGAGAGGAAGUUUGUUCUUUAGCAAUGAAACCAAAUGACCCGAUCCCAAAAAUGAAGCCUCGACUAACAAGGAGUGCAGUGAGGGAAAUGUGCUGGCUGACCCAGGACUGCCUGUCUCUGCCGGGGAGGGAGUUCCUGGAUAAAUACUGCCAUCUGUCCGAUCCACAGACAACACUAGAGGAGACUCAGCAGUUUUUGAUGAAAUCUGUUGCCGGGGAAACCGGCGACCAGAAAUGGACCAAGGCUCUUAAAACCGUUUUGUCGAACGUCCCUCAAGACAUGAAUCUUCACCCGAAGUCUGAGAACGGCCUCGUGUCCAACUCGUCCGAUCUCACGGUCCUGACCGUCAAAAACAAGAUCACUGUAGCUCAGAACGGCGCUUCGUACGGCAAGAGGUUGAAAAUGAUGACAGAUAAAGACGCCGUUUCCCCUGAAGGUCCCGAUGAUGCUCGUCAUGCAGUCGACCGGAACGGCCAAUCGAAUUCGAGCGAUCACGCCUCUUGUCCGCCGACUGGAACCAAACUAAACAGUGACGUCUCAACGCCGGCCCAGAGCGAGCCGUCCCAGGGCGCUCGCAUGCAGGAAAACCGGGAGAAUCGGGAGUUAAAGAGCGAUCAGGAGAUGGAGGAACACGGUAAGAAACCUGAGGAGCCGAAGCAUGAAGAUGGGAUUAACACAACCAGUGAGCUGAAGCUGACCAAUGAGAGCAAAGAGCAGACAUCCACUCAUAAAGUUGUACCAAAAACUAAAGGAAGGAGACGAAGAAGAAGAAGGGCAAGAUCAAAAAGAGUUAACAAAAGAUCUCCGGGAUCGCCCUUAAAGAUCGUGUUGAAGAAGAAUCCGGUGAAGGAGAAGCAGUGGGUGUCACAAAGCUCUUUGUCUCCGUCGGGAGCCGCUCCGAUGGAAGACGCUCCGAUGGAAGACGCUCCGAUGGAAGACGCUCCGAUGGAAGACUGUCAUGGAGAGCCAAUAUCGGAAAUACCGCCGCAGAUUCUCCAAAACACGCUGCUAGCAGAAGUACCCCAGAAGAAAUGGACCAAAGCUCCAGAGGAAGACAUGGACGAGCCCUCUGAAGCUCCACAAUCAGAGCCAUCAGGGGAGGAACCAGUUCCUAGUGGUGCUGCAGAGCCAACGGAGUCUAAAAACACGGACGGAAACACGCCUCAAGAUUCGCCGUCGACGGAUCUAGAAAUGCAAAACGACGCAGAGAAGUCGGCACUACCCUCGGAGGCAGAAGUCAACGAGAGCGGCUCGGCCUCCAGGACGGAGCGGCCAUGUUGGAUCUCUGCAGCUGAUGCAGAGAUGGUUUCCCCCGAGACGCUCCAAACAUCCGCCGGAGGCUCGGACGGCCUGAAGCCGGAGGAAGAGACGAGUUCAGCCGCUGACGGAGAGAAUCCUCAGAGUCACACCAAGUCUGAUCCCCAACAUGUUAUUACAGCUCAGGAUCAGGUGAACUCUGAAGAUCCAAGUCUUCCUCUCAGUGAGCCGAGUGUUGCCUCGUGCCCUGGUCUCCAUAGCAACCCCAACCCGCCCGCGGAGAACGCCAUCCCGCCCCCGAAGAGCGUGGAGAGGACGCUGAAGCUAGUGGCCAUCAGCCCGUCUCAGCUGGUGAAGCGUCCGGCGGGCGACCAGCCCGUGGUGGUGCUGAACCACCCGGACGCCGACGUUCCCGAGGUGGUGAAGAUCAUGGAGGUGAUCAACCGCUACCGGGGCGAGGUGCAGAAGGUCGUGCUGUCCCGGAGGACGCUGAACGCUCUCGCCAUCGCCACGGAGAGCGGCGAGCUGCCGGACACCGCCGACUCCACGGAUCCCGCGCGGCUAAACGCUAAUAAAACCUCCGUGCAGGAGAGGUUCCUCCUCAAGCUGAAGUUUCGCAGGUUGAGCAGGAAGAAGUACGAGGUGGUCGGCGCCGUUUCUCCCAGCAGCCGGGACGCCGCCGCCGCCAAGAAGUUCCGCUGCUGGUUCUGCGGGCGCGUUUUCUCCUGCCGGGAGGCGUGGACGCUCCAUCGGCAGCGACACCUGAUGGAGUGGAAGAGGCCGAACUGUGAAAACUCUUAA